AUGUUCGUCGUCGAUGAGUCGAUUCUCGAAAAGGAAGAAAAAUCGACUAGUGUUAGUUCGCAUGCGGGAUACGAACAUUGUUCACAUGCAUGUGGUAUCGUCAUCAUCAUAAUCAAGAAGAAGGAAUGCUUGAGAUCCAGUCAUGUUGAUAGCAAAGCCGCAAGCGCUGCAUGCAAGCUUCGCAUCCAUCAUUAUUCCGCUGUCAAUUUUCCCGUCACUUCGUUCUGGGGAGUCGAAAGAAGCAACUUCCCAUAUUCGCGAAUUUCCACUCCCACUCCAACAGCAGAACACAUACAUCAUUGUCAUCACCCUUCCGCCGGCAGACGGGACAUCAUUGUCCCAUUGCCCCGACACAUGGCACCUGACGCCCGUCGCGUCGUUCGUCUCGCAUCUCAUAUCAGUAUCAGUGCAAUGCAGUAA